UCUAUGUUGAGCACAGUCACGCAGUGAGAGGAAUAAGUUACUUUUAAACCGUUAUUUGUUUAUAUGUAUCUUGCGUUUGACGCAAAAGUACCUAAUAGCCUGUAAAAUAGUAUUUGCCUCAGCAACAAAAAUGUGUCGACUAAAUAAAGCUACUGUCAAGUCUAAAAUAGGCUACUUGUAGAAUGUAAAAAGCCUUCUGCCUUGUAAGUCACCGGACAGAAUGGUUGAGUGUUUGCAGUUGUAUUGGUGUGGUCUUGUUAAAGCUCUCACAUGAUGAGCUCUCUACCCCCUGUGAAAGGAGACAGGAUCAUCUGUGAACUCCCUUUGUACUUUACCAAGGAUGCUGCUGUGCACACAAAAGAUGGCUUCAAUAUUACUGUUAAAGAGGCAUGUCGAGGACAGAAAACAGGAUUGAAUGUAGCCAAGGUCAUUGUUGUUGGUGACGUAGGAGUUGGAAAGACCUGUUUAAUAAGCAGAUUCUGCAAAGACACUUUUGGAAAGACAUACAAAGCCACUAUUGGAGUGGAUUUUGAGAUGGAGAGAUUUGAGGUCCUCGGGGUGCCCUUCAGUUUGCAGUUGUGGGACACAGCAGGUCAGGAAAGAUUUAGAUGCGUUGCAUCCACAUACUACAGAGGAGCUCAAGCCAUCAUUGUUGUGUUUGACCUGAGCAAUUAUAACUCUUUGGAUCAUGCAAGAGAGUGGCUUGAAGAUGCCAUGAGAGACAAUGACCCUUCUAGUGUUCUCCUCUUCCUCGUGGGAACCAAGAAGGAUCUUAGUCACCCAGAGCAGUUGGCUCAAAUGGAGCAGGAGGCUAUUCGACUGUCUGAGGAGAUCAGAGCAGAGUAUUGGGCAGUGUCUGCACUGUCAGGGGAAAGUGUGAGAGAUUUCUUCCUACGUGUUGCAUCACUUACAUUUGAGGCGACUGUAUUAUCUGAGCUGGAGAGGAACAAUUCUAGACAAACUGGUGAUAUCGUCAGAAUCUCUAACAAUUGUGACGAAAUUUAUAAGAAGAGGCAAUCCAACUGCUGUCAUUGAUUAAAAGUGUGUAAUGUUCAAAUGGCAAGAGAAGCGAUCCUGAAAUACAGACUUUGGGAUAUCCUAUAAUGCCCUGACACACAUCUUUGAGUGGGAAGAAAAAAAUAAUACAGAGGACUUUGCCAGUGAGAUGAGAAAAUCUCAGCAAGAAUUCCUCUGAAAGUGAAGUUCGGAAUGAAAUCAGAAGUAUACUAAAGAAUCCAUGAUAUAUUUCACGUCAAUCAUUAUGGUUAUUAUAUGGAUACGCAGUAAUUGAGUAUUUACUAUCAAAUAACUAAGAUCAGGUGAGUGAUACUUUCAUCCAAAAAUGUGAUUUUUUUUCUCGAGCAGUGUCAUGUAGACAUUCAAAUCUGUAAAAACUCAGUGUCAUUUACUGGUAUUUCAGAUCUAUUACAUAAAGCGAUGCAAAUCCCUGUAAUUUGAAGGUAAUGAGUUCUGCCUUCACAUCUGAUUAUUGUCCUAGCAAACAGCAGUGUUUAUGUGCAGAAUGCUUAAGAGGUCACACUAAAUGCCCUCCUGGCAGUUCUAAGUGGAUCUUUCGUAAAUGUAGCCCUUGUUUUUCAUUGCAUCAUGAGUUUCCCUGGCUAAUAUGAUACAUAUGCCAGCACUCAUGACCACAGGCUCUGCUGCCGUCUGCGACGACACGAGAUUCCCACUGUGAGCUAAAUGGAAGGAUUGUUAAGAUGUAAAUGGAGAAGUAUCAAGCAAAAAUGAGCAGCUCAAUAAACAUCCCACUCUAAUGGCAAUAUACAAUACCAGUCAAAAGUAUUUGAACAGUAAGAUUUUUAAUGUUUUUAAAGAAGUGUCUUCUUCUCAUCAAGCCUGCAUUUAUUUGAUCCAAAGUACAGCAAAAACAGUAAAAUGUUUAAGUAUUUUUAGUAUUUGAAAUAACUGUUUUCUAUUUGACUAUAUUUUAAAAUGAAAUUUAUUUGUGUGAUUUCAAAGCUGAGAUUUUUAGCAUCAUUAAUUACUCCAGUCUUCAGUGUCACAUGAUCUUUCAGAAAUCAUUGUAAUAUGCUGAUUUUCUGUUCAAGAAACAUUUAUUAUUAUUAUUAUAUUGAAAACAGCUGAGUAGACUUUUUUUCAGGCUUCUUUGAUGAAUAGAAAGUUCAGAAGAACAGCAUUAUCUGAAAUAGAAAUCUUUGUAGCAUUAUAAAUGUCUUUAUCAUCACUUUUGAUCUAUUUAAAGCAUCCUUGCUAAAUAAAAAGUAUUAAUUUCUAUAAUGUCUUUCACCAAAA